AUGUCUGAUAAUCCGAAACUUAGUGAUAGGAUCUUAUUAGAGAUAUCCGCGAUAAAAACUCUGAUUCAAGAUGUUACCAGUGGUUGGAUCAACCAGGAAAAUUCUGAGGACGAUAUAUCUGAAAACGAAAUAUCCGACGACGAAAUAUCCGAGGACGAUACUGACUGUACAGAAGGGGACACGAAACAAACACUUCCCGAGCUAUCUCUUCUAGAAGAGAAUGCCCCCGAUGUUACCUCAUUCCGUUCUGUUCAGCAGCUUUACUCCUCUCACUCACUAUUAAAAGAGUGUCUGGAUAUUAUUGAUAUUGAUAAGGAUGAGGCAGUUCCUUGUACCAGUUCAGCUCCUCAACCAACUCGAGAAGGGAGGCCCAUACCGAAGCCCGGAGAUAAAGUAUUGUGUAAAUGGGGUAAAUGGCAGUACUUCGACUCCACUAUCUUAAGUUUCGACGAGAACAAGUUGGAGUAUUACAUAGAAUGGGAUGACCACGACCCAUCAGACCGGCAUGUCUCCAUCGAGCAUCUCGCUGUCAACCAAUCCCCCUAUGAAGAUGAAAUCGGUAUUGGUUCCAUGGUGUUGUUCCAUCAAGGCGGAUAUUGUGCUAGCGCGGAGGUAGGCAGACUAGCAGGAGUCAGGUGGCAUCAAGGCAAGAUCACCGGCAUCACAACUGCAGCUGACGGCACUAAACUUUACAGUGGAGCUCAUUCUAAAUCGGCGGUUGACGGCAAGUGGGUGACAUAUAAAGGUUAUGAACCAAUUUUCUCCAACUACAAACUAGAAGAACUGCGGUGUGCACCUAACUUAUUCGACAUCCUCGAGCAAAACGUUUCUCAACAGAACCAGGAAAUGAGCUUUAACACCAAAUGUGAUGUUUAUCUGUCCUACUGCCCCAGUGAUAGUUUGGUGGACGUGAAAGCAGGCCUCGCUAAAUCUCCCAAUAAAACCAGGAAUUAUGAGAACAUGAACGACCCACUUACGAUCAAGAAAGAAUUAGAAUCUCUAGGCUACAAAGUUCUCAGCAACAUCCGUAACGGCCAUAAUCGUGAGCUAGACCUCAACAAGAUCGUGUCCUGUAUCAAGAACUGUAGCAUGUUCAUCUGCUGCAUCAGUGAUGAUUAUGCUGUGAACGAUAACUGUCGGAUGGAGAUGCAGUACGCCAAGAAAACUGCCCACAAGCCUCUCAUUCCUAUCAUUGUUGGGGACGGAGGUUGGGAUUGGCAGGCCACAGUUGUAGGAAUGUUAAUCGCGGGAGAGAGAUAUAUUGACUUCAAAACAAGGGAUCUAUUCGAUGAGAAGUUUGAAGAUUUGAGGAUCCAGGUAGGCAAUAUAGCGGGGAAGGACAAACCAUCCGGGACAGCAGAAUCAGGUGAACAGCAGGUUACAACGCCAGAAUCCAACAAAAAAGACAUAUUUGUAAGCUACUGCUGGAAUAACUCGUCUCUCAGCGAAGAAAACAAUGAAAUUCCAAAACUUUUUGGUAGCCAGUGGAAUGACCCAAGAAAGAUCAAGUCUCUUCUUUCUGAAAAAUAUAAUGUAUGGCUGGACAUAGAACAGCUGACUUCAGGUCAAGCGUCAGGAAUGUUCGAACAGAUUACCACUGGUCUGAUCAACUCUAAAGUUGUCCUUGCUUUCAUCUCUUCUGAAUAUGCUAAAUCAGAUAACUGCAAAAUGGAGUUCCAGUUCGCGGCAAAAUCACUGAGGAAGCCAUUCAUCCCAAUCUGUGUGGGUGAAAAUAUGGGAUGGAGGGAAUCAGUGAUAGGAGCGCUAGUGAUGGGGAGCGGUGUUCCCACUAUCGACAUGUUGGAAAUCUCCGGGGAGAGUCAUCUAGAGAAAAAGAUGGAGGAAAUAUUCGAGAGGUUAUCUGAGCACAUCCAACCCACCCAAGACUCUGAUUCGCUGGGCGAGGUUCAGCCUGACAGUCCUCCGCCCGACUACCAAUCUGCGAUAAAGUCACGUGCACCACGUGUGGGCGAUCACGUGAUCUCAUUUCACUUUCGUCAUGCGUACUACACUUCCACCAUUCUCUCCUUUAACAAAGAGGACAUGACUUAUUAUAUAGAGUGGGAUGAUGGUGAUCCUUCCGGGAGAAAUCCUAAAUACAACCAGGUCGGUCUGAACAUUGAUCCGGAUGAUGAUGACAUCGGAGUAGGGAGCAGUGUUUUCUUCCCACAAGGGUCUUACGGAGGAACAGCGGGAAACAAUACUGGUGGGUUGAGGUACCAUGAGGGUAUUGUGGACUCUGUGGUGGAGAGAGCUGGAGUUAAAUACUUCAGUGGACAUCAUCUGCGGGGAGAUGAGGAUGGAAAGUGGGUCACCUACCUAGGAUACGUAUACUCCUUCAGCGACAUGACUGUCACCCAGCUCAGGAUCGCUCCCAACGCCAUGGACGCACUUUUCAUGGCCUAAAGACUGAUCAGAGCAAUUAAAAGUUGUUUUAUUUCGUUGAGAUUGAGAAAAAUUGAAAGCUAUUCUUAUCGUGAAUAUGAAGCAGUGAAGAGACCUUUUGCAAUUUGUGAAUUUAGGGAUGCGGGAACUUCAUCGACACUGGGCUACCCUGUUCAUUGAAUCGCUCCAACUAAAAUACAACUUAUGGUCCGAGGUUUAGUUUUCCCACUUUAUAUCACAUAAAUAACCGUUAAAAUGCUAGAUUAACGUGGUUUUUUAAUUUUAUCUUAUGUUUAUUUUAGUUUAUUGAUUUAUUUCUUUUGUUUUAGUAGUUUAGAAGUUUAGAAUUUUCAUUUGUUAUAGGCAUUAUUGUGGUGUUUUUGUAUUUGAUGUACAGAUUCGUAUAAUUAUAAGUUCGUAUUGUCGCAGAAUUG